UGUAAAUAGCUCAAUCUAAUCGAUAAACAUUUUCAUUCCGUGAAUAUUCAGACGUAUAAAAAUGUCGUGCCUGUUUAUAAAAUAAACACAGAGUCAAUAAACGUUCUAAUGCUAUAAAACAUGGGUGUCAGUGAUUGCAAAAUCAAAGUGGUGCAUUACCUAUAUAAAUCUGAUAAAUAUUUAUAAUAAUUGGACUAAAUAACAAUGAAAAUGGCGGAUAACUCGUUAAUGAUAUUUAAGAACAAUUUCAAAUCUAUUAAUAGUAACUGUGUCGAGGUUGAGAGCAACGUAAUUGCAAAAAUAUCUUCUGAUGACAAUGAACAAGCAAUAUCAAUAAACGAAUCAGAGGACGGUACCAUUAACAUUAGUUCUGACGUUUCCACGCAAGAGGAGGCUGUAGAGGAAUAUUUGGCGGGAAAUAAUAAGACUGAAUUCAAUGAUGAGUUCCUAGCUUGCACUAAUGUCCACGAUGGGAUAUCUUUUAAAUCUGAAAAUGUCUUAGAAAUCGACAACGACGAUGAUAAUGAAAACUUAAUUCUAGAAAAGUCGGUUAUUAAUCUCCGCCGAUUGCGAAAGAAAUGCAAUGUAAAUAAUUACAUGGUUAGAAAUUUGAAAAAGAGGAGCAUCAGAUGUUUAAAUAAAAUGCAGAUCAUGGAAAAUGUUGUGGAGGGAUGCAACGUCCAGCCAUCCUCUCCAGGCCAUGCAGAAGAACGAAGUGAAGAUAUAAAAGUAAAAACCGAAAUCAAAUCGGACGAAAACCAAAAAGAACUAACCAAAGACAAUGAAGAACUUAAGGCACAAGAUGAAAAUUCAUCUGAGAAAACGAAAACCGAAAAUAUAUCCAAUGGGCUGAAGGAAGAACCUGAUUCCAGUGAAAUACAAGAUGAAAGUUACAGUAAUAACAGUUCGCCAAAAUCUGAUAAUAAACGAAAAUCUGAAAGUCAAGAUUACCCGGUUAAAAGACUGAAAACAGAAAUACAAGAAAAUUUCGUUUGUCGAGACAAAAUCAUCACCGAUUUUAUUGAAAUGGCCGACUGCACUAAUCUAGACCAAAUAAACUCGUUUAGCGAACAACUUCUUGUUGAAAUAAAAACACUAAAUGAAUUUGCUAAAGAGAAAGAAAGAGAAUGGAACAAUAUUAUUCAUCUUAAGAAACUUAAAGAAGAACUGCUCCUUAGAAUGCAAAGGAAGAAGCAAAUUAUAAUAAUUUCCGAGAAAUCAGACUAUGCAGAUUUAUUAAAUGAAUCUCAAAAUGGAACAAUCGAAGAACGUUUAAGAAAUGUAUCACCUCAAAGUAUCUUAAAAUCAAAUCUUAGUAGCCAGCAUAAAACUUAUAUGAAUGCUUCAAAUGUUAAUGGUAAUCUACAACGCCAAAAACAAAUGAUUUACAAUAAAACUCAGAAUAAUCUUGAUCUAAACGGACAAGGCAAAAGACUUACGCUGGACGUACAGUCCAUUAUUGCAGAUUAUAGACAAAGGCAUCCAGAAUCUGUACCUCGAAGAGGAAGAAGGAUCCGGUGCUCACAAAGCGAUGGCUCCAAUAAAAACAGUAUUAUGAACUUUUCUUCAAUGGCCCUAGGAAGUGGAGCUCAAGUCAGACAAGGUGAUGUCUCCAGUGAUAUUGGACUAUUGUUGAAUACAAUUAAUAUGAGCCGACAAGAUGCCAACAAAUUGCAAAAUUUUGAUUCUUCAGGUGCUCAAGAUACUGUAUCGUUCAAGGACAUGCUGUUGCAAUUUGCCAAACUAUCCCAAAAUGAGAGAAACGAACUGAUUCAAAAUGCUAUUAAGCCGCCUCCUCCUUAUCCUGAAGUUACAGUACAUCCUGUUCCUACUUCUACACCCCCACCAACUCAGACGAAUUCACUUCUGCAUGGUAUUUUAACUAAGACUCCUUCCAAACCAAACACAAAGACUUCAUUUAGUCCGACGUUGGCAAGACUUCUUACAGCUCCAGAAAGAAAUGCUAGCAACCUCUCUAUAGGCGCAUCUCCAAUCACAAAUACCACAGCUCACCCUUCAAAUAUGUCCAUAUCGGAAAUAUUAUCUACUAGUAAGGCUUGUAACGAAAUCACUAUAACCCCCGUUGACAGUCAGUAUGAAUCUACACCAAUUAAAGGAAAAAAUGUGGAGGAAGAAGAGACUGAAGAUAGUGCAGACAGAUUAGUUAUAGAUGAAAAUAACGAUGUCGACGGGAAAAAACAAAACAAUUCUGACAAUAAUUCUGAUGGUGGUGAUGAUGUACCUCUGUGUCAAGGCUGUAAUCAAAAAUCGGCUCAAUUUGUAUGCGCUGGUUGUGGAAACCAGUGGUAUUGCAGUCGAGAUUGUCAGGUUAACGCUUGGGAUGAACAUUCUGAAGUUUGCUCCGGCUGAAAAUUGCAAGUUGAGAAGAUCAAUUCCUCUUCCAUAAUUUAUUUAGACUAUUUUUUUCAGCUAGUAGCUGUUUAGUUUAAUAGUAAGCGAUAUUGAUUACCAUAUUUUUAUAUUUAUAUUAUAAAGCAAUCAAAUUGUUUUAUUGUAAUCAAACCUCAUAUCUAUAGAAUUCUGUGUGAAUGAAAACAUUUUAAAUGACUAGAGUUACUCUCCACGUCUUGUAAUAGUAUUACAAUCAAUUUUCACGUAUGUUUUCCAUGAAUGAAUAUUUUCAAGAAAAUAGUGAAAGCAUGAUAUUUUUUCUAAACAUUUUUAUAGCUAUCAAUUUAAUUUAAAAAUAAUCGUAAGUCUACUUUCUGUUCUUCUCGAAUUGUUUAUUCUAGCUCUACUUACAUUCAUGUUUCAAGAUUUAUAAUUAUUUCAAAUAGUAUAUAUCAUUGUGAGGAACCCAUCUAAAAAUAAAUUAUAUAUAAUUUAAUAAUAAUGUUUCUGAGCAUUUGUAGGUAAGACACAGUUAAUAUUUGUUCCUAUAUUUAUGUAAUAUUGGAUUGUUUAGUUACUAUAUUUUGAUGCUGCAUAUUGAUAAAUUUAAUGAGAAAAUAUACAAAGUUUUUCCAUUCUCUUAUUAUUGCUUCUACCUUGUGACAGUAAGGUCUUAAUGGUGAUUUAUUUUAAUUUAGUAGUUAUAAAUAAACGAAAAUAUUUUAAAACUUUCUUUGAAUUAAAAAACAUCACAGCUGAUCUUUGUCAAACUUUGACAUGACAUAAUAUUUAAUGACAAUGAACAAAAAAUAUACAAAUAAUAAUAUAAACAACAUAUCGAACAGAGAAGUACUCUAUUACCAUGGUCUCUAUAACAGCCGAGCGUCAAGGUAGAUUAGCGAGGUGCGAAGCACCCGAUGAAUUCAACAGACGCGAGGUUAGAAUGAGUUCCCGAGAUAUGUACACGCUUUAACUCACAAUCUACUAUUAGUAAUUUUAUAUACGUUUCAAAUAAUAUUGGUAUUAAUUUGAUAAAUGGUUCUAAGGACGAUACUUGUGAGACCCUUGCUUGACAAUACUGCCGUGUUAAUUCAAAGUGCAAUUUUCCUUGAAAUAAAGAUACGACCACUACGCCUGACAACAAUGUAUUUUUUGAUGAUCUCUAUAAUUUUCAUGGAUAUAUAUUCUAUAAAAUCCGAGAUUUAACGCUUAGAAAUUUGGGCGUAAGUGAGUUUUCUUGAAAAAUCGAUUUUUCUCACGUUCAUAUAAAAACAGAUACGGCCAUUUGAAUUAACACGGCAGAAUAUAACAGUUACAUAUUAAACGGCACUUUUUUAAUAAUAAAAUUGUCUUUACAUACUUACAAAUAUGUCCUACAGCUAGCCUAAAUGUACCCGACUAGGUAUAAAGGAAGGACUCGUAAAGUCGCAGGAAAAUGUGUUCCAUUCUGACACCACUGUCAUUUGACCAGACGCGUAUCAUGUUGGAAAUAAAAUGAACUUUUAAUUAUGUUAUUAGUACCUACUUUAUUGAUCAUUUUAGGUACAAAGCAAGUUCAAAGCGUAAAAAUUAAAAUAAAUGAGGAACAAUACAUAAGACACAAGAAAAAUAUAUAUACAAGAUAUGCCACGGAGUCUGGUGGGUAAACUACAA